AUGCCUGCAAGUAAAACUCCCACUGGAACCACCAAACUGAGAGUCGAAGGGCUCGGCGAUGUGGACGGCCUCGAAUUCCCCGACGGAGUCCGUCAAUUCUCGGGAAUUCCGUACGCAACAAUCACCAAACGCUGGACGCGUUCACAGCUCAAUUCUUCAUGGCCCGAUAAUUUCCAUGAUGGCACCAAAUUAGGAUGCAGUGCCCCCAACCCGCCUGAGUAUAACGCUGAGGUGGAUACGCUUGUCCCAGUCCACAUCCCCAGCCAUUAUGAGAAGCCUGCCGAGGACGAGUAUAACUGCCUUGUCAUGAAUAUUACUGCUCCGCCAGUAGAUUCUGACACCAAGCUCCCUGUCAUGGUGUAUAUUCACGGCGGCUCUUUUCUCUACGGCGGCGCAAACGGUGGCGUCUUCGACUGCGUCAAUCUCGUCACUCAUGCUCUGGCUCGCAAAACUCCCGUCAUCGCAGUCAACUUCAAUUAUCGCGUCGGACUUGGCGGAUUUCUUGCCUCCGCUGCCAUCAAAGAAGAUUUGGAGCGCGAUGGUUAUGAGGGCGUGGGAAACUUUGGACUUUCCGACCAGCAAGUUGCUCUUCACUGGGUUAAUCGCUACAUCGCCUCGUUCGGCGGCGAUGCAAACAACGUCACCAUCUACGGCGAGUCUGCUGGAGGGAUGAGUGUUUCUCACCAAAUUGCUGCCAAGAACCCUGCGCCAUUCCAUAGAGCCAUCGCCAUGUCCGGCCAUCUAAACACCAUCCCUGCUUGGACUUUGGAGCGACACGAGAAACACUAUCGCGCUCUUCUUACAUAUCUGGGCAUCGAUCCAGACUCCCCAUCGGGACUUGAUCAACUUCGAAACGUUCCUCAAGAUGUCGUUGCUCGCGCAACACUGCCUGUCGAGGGCAUUUUUGUGGCAACGGGAAACCCAUGCGACGACGGUGUCUUCCACGCAGCACCGCCAAGUUUCAACACAAUCGCGUCUCCGCCUGACUGGCUCAAGUCGUACAUGGUGGGAGACGUGUACGAUGAAGGGAUGAUUUUCUACGAAAGUUUCUGCGAGGAUGACUUCUCAUCAGUGCGGACCCAAAUGGCGACGCGGCUUGGCCUUGAUAUCACCGAUUCCAUUCUUGAACUGUACGGAAUAACUGCAGACCUCCCCAAGAGCGAGUUUGUUAAGCAGAUGGAGAUCAUGGCCGGCGAUUCGGCAUUUAAGGCCCACAAUUGGGUUGCUGCCCAUCGUUCCCAGGUCCGGCAGACAUUUGGUUAUCAUUUCGAUCAACGCUGCACCCAUGAGGGUCUUUUCAAGGGAUUGGCCUACCAUGCGCUAGAUUUGCUGUACCUGUUUCUUAAUUUCGAUGAGAAUCUUACCCCAACACAACAAGAGCUCGCCAGGUCCAUGGCCAAUCAUUUCAUCGACUUCGCCUAUGGAAAAGCACCCUGGCCGUGCAUCAGUGAAGGUGCAUCUUGGAUGCGGUAUGGACCCGACGACGGGUUCAAGGUCGUCAGCGAGGCUGAAGAUGAACAAGUGCGCAAGUAUUCACGGAUGCAAAAGAUCAUCCUCAUGGGCGUGUAUCAGAAAUUCACACUUGCGGUGGACGACAUUGCCGUGAAACGUCAUCGAAUGGGAACAUUCGAAUGGAAACCUGAUGCAGACGGCUAUGCGACUCGUGAUGACUAG